AUGCAGUUCAACAAGUCCAUCAUCGCCUUCCAGGCCCUUCUGCUCACCGUCCUCAUCGCUGGCACCCAAGCACAGUUCCUCAGCGAUGUCACCAGUGCACUCGGCGGUGUUGGGCAGACCAUCGCUUCCGGCGCCACCUCUGUCUUUGGUGACGCCACCUCGGGUGCCGCGGGCGCCUUCUCCACUGUGACUUCGGGUGCGGGUGGUGCCUUCACCACGGUGACUUCGGGUGCGGGUGGCGCCUUCAGCACUGCCACCUCGGGCGCAGCUAGCGUCGCCACCAGCGUCGCUUCGGGCGCAUCCAGCGUCGCUUCCCAGGGCACCUCCGGCGCUGGCAGCGUAGCCUCGCAGGCCUCCUCGGGCGUCACCUCGGCCACCUCGCGCGCAAGCAACGCCGCCGCUGCCUCCACCAUCAACGGCAUGCCCGUCAAUGCCCUUGCCGCCACCUUCACUGUCCUCCUCGGCUCGGCCAUCGCAGGCACCCUCAUCCUCUAA